UAUUUUUACUACUAUUUUAAUAUUCCAUAAACAAUUUGUAAAUUUAAAAUGGUGUUAAUUAGUGCUAGUGAUGCUCUUAUAUUGGUGCUGCUGCUAGCUUGUGUGCCCAUACAAAUGUGGCUCCAGCACCAAACAUCUCAAUCCUCAACCCCGGACUCAAGAGAUGGCGAGGUCAUUGCUCUUGUCAGAGAAUUUUGCAAAACAGUCCAGCGGUAUAUGUCCCCACACUACUGGUCUACAUUGCUUCUCUACUCCACCACAUCUCUCUACAAGUUUAAAGACAAAGAUGUGUUGGAGUAUGCACGUCUCUCCUACGAACAGCUCUCAGACACUCCUGAGGAGGAGGGCGAAUGUCCGGCUGUGGAGGUGAUAAGACUCAAACAUCCGGAAGGUUACUAUGGCAGCAGUGUUCACCAGCGCAGGUACCGCACUGGACACAUACACUUCAGAGUUGGCCAGGUGGUGCGACACACUCAGUUCGGCAUCAAGGCAGUCAUUAUUGGAUGGGAUGAAACUUGUCAGGCUCCUCGAGAAUUCAUCGAGGAAGCUUAUCCUAAAGAACUGGCUGCGGAGGUGUGCCAGAAGGCCAACUACGCAGUGCUGAUGGACCUCAACGACUUCCCCUCCACCGCCGUGCAGUACUUCGCUCAGCAGCACAUGGAGCUCGUCACCAACGAGAAGGUUGUGAAUCCGCACACGGAGAAAUACUUCUCACACUUCGAUGGUUCGAGGUACUUGCCUGCACCCUGGCUUGCUGCGAUGUACCCUGAAGACUAAGAAAGACACCGUCUUCAAUAUCUUUAAUAAUAAAAAUUAUAAUAAAAUUCAUGGGUAAGGAUACUUGCAAAGGUUAUUUUUUGGUUUGAACUGAUAGAGGAAAAAUUGACGUGACCUGCUGAAUUUUUCUUCACGAUGAUCGAAAAAUAUUCUUUUCAUUGAUCCUAAUCCAACUUGUGGUUUAAAAUUUGCCUCAAUAGCUUCAUCAUCGUGCGGCACACUUGGCAUGUGACAUCUCGGGAUAUGCAAUGCUAUUUAAUGCAGAUUUUUUCCUGAUCCGGUUCAAUUCUUGGAUCAAUUGUCAACAUCAAUUAAAAUAAAAGUAUUUUAUCUUGUAUACUACAUUCAAUUUUUAUCAAUCAGCAUUCAUUAAUUUUGCACAGAUUAUUCUUCUGCAGCAAUAAUUGAUAUACAAUCUUCUUCAUAAUUGGUGCUGCCUUGAGAAGAAUGGAUGCGGUGUUCCAGAUAGGCCGUAUAUUUUUAAUGCACACAGCCCUGUCGUUGUGCGGCGUCUAGUCACGUUUUUAUUACUCGAUAGCUCAUAUCUGGAUCUUAUAUUAAUAUUUGUGCCUACGUCAGUUAGGCAAAUCUGCUCUCGUAUCAUGGGGGGAAUGCGCCUUUAGAAGACUUUCUUGGGUAUGCAGGUUGGUUUGUAUUUCACAGUUGAUUGUUUUUAGCGCAAUCUUAUUUUCCUAUCUAAAACGAUGGCAUUUAGAUUCACUAGUUAUUUUGACAGUACACAUUCAAUUUGUUCUUUAUUAAAUGCACAAGUUUUAUUUGAGUGCAAGGCUUGACCAGAGGAACCGGAAUUCAGUAGUUAAUUUCACUCUUAACUUAUUGAUUCUCACCAUAACCCUGUAGGUUUGCAAAUUUUUGUACUUACUCUCGACGGCAUUUAUUUUGUAAUUAUUCAUUGCUGAAUAAGAAAAUAUCGUCAGUAAACGUUCGCAACUGAUGAAUCAACGUGCAACGCACGUUCAAAUAUACGUUUGUUUGUAUGUCCAUUUUUAAUACAUUUCACAAUCUUACUGCUCA